AUGGAUUUGAUUGAAGUUGAAGAUUUAGAGGACGAUGAAGUACUGCCUGAGAUUGAUCCGUUGCAUUUGGAAGAUUUUGAUUUUUCCUUUCAGCAAGACAUUGAGCAUUUGAACUCGAUUGCUUCAGGUUUAGCUGGCAACAUGUCUCAGGACCUGGCACGCCAUCAAUCGCCGGAUUCAGGUUUUGAUGCCGACCUGCUGGAUGAGGCUCAUGACGAUGGAGUCGAGUUCAUCGAUCAACCUGCUCAGGAGAGUUGUGAUCCCAAUACAGGUACGAAUGCAUGCAUUGUUGACAAAACAGAUUGGGCACUCACUGUGAAUCAUGCCUUUGAACGUCACAGAGCUUUGGACCCUGCCAUGAAGCUUCCGUGGGAACAACCUUCAAUGCAGGGAAUCUUUCACAACAGUCUGGGCCUCAACUUACCACAAGUUCAUGGUAUAGCCUUGGAGUUGCCUGCAACUAAGAAUGAAGAUAGAAAUCAAAUCUCGGUCAGCGGAGAAGUUGAAGCUUGUGCAGAUGCCGCUUUUCUGAGUGCAGUGAAGGACAUUCAGGACUUGGACUACUUUGAAAACAAACGAAUGCAAACAGAUUUGGCUUGUGCAAAGUGGCUUGAUAUCCUUUCCAUGAACUGGAGUGCAUCUGCCAUUGGCCAACAGGUUUGUGAAGAUCUCAGGAGCGAUCCCACUGGAGAGUUGGCGAACGAAACCCUCAAGGCUUGUUUUGGUACAAAGAGUUAUUCUACUUUGCUCAAGCGUGCAGGAAGUUUGAAACGUUUCAUUCUUUGGCACAGAGACCAUUACUUGGAGAGAGGUUUCAGUGUUGAUGCAAUACCGCUGCAUGAGCCAGACGUUUGGAACUACUUCAGGCACUUGAGAGACUCCAGAAUCCGUGAUGCACGUGGGUACACCGGACCUGCCACUUUUCUUGAGACUGUGAGGUUCACAAAGUUUACGAUUGCAUUGCGAGGUGCCGACGACAUCCUGGAAUCUAGGAGACUGCAAGGUUUUGCAGCCAUAGAAAAACGUGAGAAGGGGCCCACUCAUCAGGCCCCUCCUAUGGAGCUUGAACAUUUGAGGCGUCUUCAUUCGGUGUUGUUGGGUGCCGAUAGCAUUGUGGACAAGGUUGGGGCAGGUUGCAUGCUUUUGUGUACAUAUGCUCGAGCACGCUGGAGUGAUCUACGCUUCAUUCAUCAUGUUGAGAUUGAGAGCAAGAGGAAUGGAUGUUUGGUUUUGUACACAACUGAGCAUAAGACUUCUGCUGUCGGUGAAAAGAAAGAGCAAUACCUGCCCUUUGUUGUUCCUUGGGAUGGAGUGACAAACGAAAACUGGCUGCAGACUUUCCUGGAUCUUUACCAACAGGUUGGGCUAAAUAUUCACAAGGUACCGCUGGGUCCUCUUCUUCCUGCACCUAGAUCCGGUGGUGGAUUCUGCGCACGGCCCUUGACCACGUCCGAAGCUGCAGCCUGGUUACGAGGUCUUCUGAAGGGAACUUCAAACUGGGAAUCCUUUCGCUCCCAUUCCAUGAAGGCUACCCUAUUGGAUUGGUGUGCGAGAUCUGGAAUGGAUAAGGAAGUUCGGUCAGUGCUUGGGCAUCAUUGCAGUGCUGUAAGUGGUUCAGAAGUAGUGUAUGCUCGUCAUUUGCAAGCCAGGCCAAUUCGGAAAUUGAUGAUGCUACUUAGAUUGAUCAGGAUUGGCAUGGGCCUUGAGGAAAUCGCUGACAGGGGCAACAUUGCAGGUGUCACGCCGGCAGCAGGUACACCUGGACCUGGUUUUGGAAUUCAUGGUUGUGCAGCACGGACACCUGUGUUGCCAGUUGAGCGUGUUCAGGCAGAAGCCGACCCUGUUCAGGAUGCUGUAGAGGGUGUUCAGGACCACGAAGACCAACUUAGCAUCAAGGAAGAGAUGAACAAUGCUGCAGACGUUGCUACCUCAGCAAACAGCUUGAGCUUGUUUCCAGAAAGCAUUGUUCAACUUGGUUUGAUCGAGAUUGACAGUUCGUCCGGCAGUGACAGUGAGUCGAGCAGCACAAGCAGCGAUGAGCCGCUGGCUGAGACUUUUGAAACACGUCCUGCAUACACUGAAGCAGUACCUGAAGGGUUGACCUUUUAUAAGCAUGUAAAAAGCUUUCGUGUGCAUGCAGUCCGAAAUGAACAGCAAGUGACUGUAUGCAAAAUGAAGAUAACUGCGAAUUUUCAGGAAUUGGGCCGUACCUUGAACUUCAGGUAUCCAAAGUGUUUGAGGUGCUUCCCAAACGAUCCAGGGCGAGUGCGUAGUCGUGAGGACGCAGUUGAAGCCCUGGACAAAGCUUUAGAGAGAGUUCGGAAAGCCAGGAGAAGUGCAAGGUAA